CACUUCAUACACGUGAAUAUAUUAAAGCAUUGUAUAUUUUAUACAUUGCCUCAUCUUUUUCUAGCAAAUUUAAUGGAUGUUCAUUGAUGCCGUUGACCAUAUAUGCAUUUUUUUUACUUGACAACCUUUAAUUGUGGGCCUCCGUCUUUAAAUUUGCAUGUAGACAGGAAUAGUAAAAUUAUAUCCCAAAAGAAUUUAAUAGAGUCAAUGUGGAAAUACGUCCUUAGACAUCUCGCCCAAUGGCUACCUGCAGUUUACCAUUAAUCACCAAGUCUUAUAUCGUCUUCAUUAAUAUCAUUAGUAUACUAUCAAUUGAUCCAUGCUUAGAAGGAAACUACAAGAUUCUCUCGGAUUUACCAAAACGUAGUCCCGACUUUGCUCAGGACGCUGCUCCAAUCUGCGAUCGCUAUCUCGAGAAAGGAUGGUAUAAAGCUCCUAACUAUGAGAUGGUAACAUCCCCACCCAGUAUUGGGUUUUGUGGAACUCUGUAUCCGUUUUGGUUAAAGGGUGCGCUCCCGGAAACUGCUGGUACAAGUAAAGUUCUAGAAGCCUGCGAGGUAGGAUUUGCUACAGACUGCCAACAGAUCAUCUACGUCAAUGUUACCAACUGUGGAUCGUUUAAUGUCUACUAUCUCAUGCCUCUGUUCCUGUGUAACUCAGCCUACUGCUUUGAGAAAGAUGCGAAUUGUAUUGAGGAAGUGCCAAAAAAUCCACGAGUGAUAUAUCACAACGUGGAGUAUACCGAAACAGAAAACGAUUUUGGCAUACAAUACAGCCCUCUUGUUAACCUUAGAUGUGAUUUUACGCCGCUGGACGACGAGACCUUACUCUAUCACAUAGACUGGGAUGUUAAUAAGAAAACUGUUAUAUCCGGUCAGACUGUAACAUCCUCUUCACUUAACAAUGCCACAUUGUCUACUCAGCUUCUAAGUGACGAAAAAAUAAAGAUUGGAGCCUCGGUUCAGUGUAUUGUUGGCGCUAAAAAGACAGAAAAAGAAAAGCCAUGUACAAGUUCUUCCAGUUCUCUGUUCUUUGCUGGGUUCCAGGUGUUGACGCCUACAUUAACUUUGCAACGAAAAGGAUCAGCAACAGUUAAGAUACGCCCAACUAUUCCAUUUGCCACAGAAACUUUCUAUAGUAAACGCGCCAAGAAUUACUUUGCAGCAAGCUUAGAUGUUACCGUAUCCUUUCCUGAUCAAAUAGGAGCAAAAUGUGCGUCUGGCAGUUCUAAUCGCUGUAAAAUAACCAUAGAAGGAAUAACCUACGACCAGAGACAAAAGUUUGCCGAUAAUUCUUGGUAUAAAACAUAUGAAAUGAAGGUUCAUAAUACAGACAAUAUCGCUUUCAACAACAACGUCAGGCAAAUUAUAUUAAGGAUGAAAACAAGUGGAGGGGGCGCAAAUGCUGCUGAUAUCUUUAACGAAGUCACUCUACCUGAUAUCAACAUAAACGUUGUGGAAUCAAUGACUGUCUGGAAAGGAAAGCGAUGUCACUCUCACGCUGAUCCCCAUAUGAAAACAUUUGAUGGAUACGCCUAUGAAUGCCAGCAUACAGGCUGUGUGACAGGAAUAACAAGCAUCCUCUUUGAGAACAAAGAACAAAAUCAGCAGGUACAAGUGAGGCACCACAAAUGCUUUAAUCCUAAUGCUAGAUGUAUCUGUGCUAUAGCUGUUCGCUCUGGCAGAGACGUGUUCAUGUUUGAUGCCUGUAAUGGACGCCAAUACAUUAACUUUCCAAUCUGUGAUGAUAAGUCAUUAAAGGUGGUGAGGGUGACAGACAAAUCGUACAAGAUAUUCUUUCCCACUGGAACUUACGUGGACGCCACUCUCAAUAUGGCCAGGGACUGGUUUAUUCAGACACAAGUGUAUCCGUCUGUUGCUGACGUGGGGAAAUCGGGUGGAUUAUGUGGUCUCUUAGAUGGCAAUACCCGAAAUGAUUUAACACGACGAUCUGGAACAGUUGACAAUCCAAACAAUUAUAAUUACCGUAAUCCUCCGGAUGCAUUCUCCAUCUCAUGGAGAGCUACCUUUUCAGAGGAUCUUUUUGCUCCUUCCAUGGAUUUUUCAUCCUUGAAAUCUUUAUCGCUGACGAAUGUUAAAUUUUGUGCGUGUAACCAGGGCGUAACUGAAUGCAGCUAUCAACAAUUCACCGACUGUAGCGGUAUGACGCGGGGAAAGGAGUAUGAAUGCAUACUUCACAGUAGUACCAGCAGACGCAAGCGUCAUGCAGUAUACAUCUUAUCCUUCUCCCCGGAUCCUAUUGAGCUUACGUUUUCAAACAGAGUAAAAAGACAAGCUUAUGAUAUAACUGACAACGCAACAACUAUAUGCAGCGCUGCAUUCGAAGCCUCCUUUGCAUAUAGAACGUGUCGAGAUAAUGUCGCUGAUUUUUCAAGUGAUUCCGUAAAGGAUUGUAUCUUAGAUGUUUCGUUAACAGGAGAUCCUUCCUUAGUAACUUUUCACUUAGAGAGCGCCAUCGACCAAUGUAAAGCCUUCAUCAACCUCAAUGAAACGCUUCAAGAGACAGAACCGGAAGUAGCAAAGGAAAUAACAAGCAUUUGUCAAAAUAAUUGCAGUUUGCAGGGAACAUGCAGAGAUGGAAGCUGUUUCUGUGAUGACGGGUUCGGUGGAAGUGAUUGUUCGUUUAAUAUGACGGAACCUCCAAAUAUAACGGAGGUGCUGGUCGGUGAAUUGUGCGACAAGUCUACGGAAAUAUGUAGCUCCAUCACCUUCUUUGGACAGUACUUUGUAGAAAACACCAAUGCUACAUGCUACAUCCAAACUAAUGAUUUUUCCCUUGCUGGUAAAAUCCAGAGCAGGAAGACAUUCGAGGAACCCCUUGAUGUACAAACACUGUAUGAGGCGAACUGCCCUAAUCCCAACGUUAACACAACAUCCUGGAUACAUCAGUUUGUUUUCAAUGUUUCCAACGAUGGUCAGAAAUUCACACGGACGUUGUCGGUUUUUGUUUAUGACUCCGAGUGUCAAAUACCACGGAAUAAUUCUUGGAUGGGCACCUUUGGAUUAACUGAUGGUUACUGCUUCAUCGAUGGUCAAUGUAUUGUGGACGGUCAGGCUAAGAAGGAGAAUGAAAGCCUGAUCUGUGAUGCUAACAGAAAUGUCUUUCAGUGGUCUCUAGUUGAAGGCAGCACAGAAACUGCAGUUUCAAAAGCAGAUUACUCGACCAGUGGUUCGAUGACGGUGGAAACUUCCACACGAUACACAAGUGUUACAACUCAGAUGCUGACAACUAAAGAAAUGACGACAAAAUCAGUGACAACAGAAAGUAAUCCAAAAACAACAAUGGCUUCUUCAUCAGCAACAACUAGCAAAGAGAAAAUAACAAACACUAAAACAACAGCUGCUCUAACUACCUCUAAACAAACACUUUCCACAACUUCCAAACUGACUUCGCGGAUACCUACUAACACAGCCCCACCAAUAACUUCCGUUGUUUUUCAGACGACAAAACAAUCUACCAGAAAACAACACACUACCAAAAUAAUGACACCGACUAAGAUGUCUGACGUAAUACAGACAACAGAGAGUAUCAACACUACUGGUACUGUUAUUGAUGUUCCAGUACAACUGGAGAUUUCACAAGCCGCUAUAGUUCUCAUAGUUCUAGCCUUCAUAUUUCUAAUCGUGAUAGGGGUGUUUGUUGGUGCAAUGGCCAAGAGGAAGUGGAAUGCUGGAUCUUUUGGAGUUAGAGGUGAUGGCCAUGAAAUGAGAUACAGAUCCUUUGAUUAGAUGGUUUUGCAAUUGUUAGAGCUACAGAACAGAAAUAGCUUAAAGCUAAUUAACAUAUAUUAAAACAUUGAAAAUAAUGAUCUCCAUUUAGUAAGAAUUUGUAUAUUACAUUAAAAACAAAGCUGGGGGACACGUACAAUGUAAAGAGGAACUCAAUUUACUUAUUUUUCAUUACGUCUAUAAUUUUUUUGCUUAAUAUAUUUCAUAUUGCUCGGAGAUUUCAAAAAUACUUUUUU